GAGAAGCAGGCUGGAAACAAAGCUAGUUGGUGUAUCUUCAGUACAUCACAGCUAGAGAUGGCGACCACGAUCAGAUAUGGAACCACUAGCUCUCCAUGCAACACUGCAGCUGGUGAGAGAGCACAGUUGGACGAGGAAACCGAGGAAAAAAAAAACUGUGACCCUGACAAACUUCAGCAGUGCCCUUUUGACAAGAACCACCUCAUCCGGGCCUGCCGCUUCCCUUACCAUCUUAUAAAGUGCAGAAAGAAUCAUCCGAAGUUGGCCAGUGAGCUGAAAACCUGCCCGUUUAAUGCUCGCCACCUGGUCCACAAGCAUGAGCUGACACGCCACACUGAAACCUGUGAGGACAGGAUAUCCGUGGACACUGAAGAUGGGGGAAGCACCAAUGGGCAUUCUCAAUGGCAGGUCCCAGUCAGUACUUGGGUAAACCAGGACAUGUCUGAGGAUUGGGACAAAGAGGCUGAUGAUGCUGCUGUUCCAUUUGUGUGGGGUGAAAACACAGCCCUGAAUCCAAAACCGGAGCCAAAUUUUAGACCUCCCAAUACCCUCCCAUGGUCUGCGAUGUAAGCCGUAAUGUACUGGGUAUCCAAUUUAAAGCUUAAUGUUACGCCUAUUAUAUGUAGUUAUGUAUAGAUAUUUCUUCUAAUGUUUGUUCUUAGCAAGUUUUUGCCCACAAAUUUUUUAAGGUAGGACUUGAGGCAUCUAGUGGUGAGGUUACAGAUUGCAACCAACUGAAACCUUCAGCCAAUAGAUCUCCCUAAAUGCUACAUGCUGUUCCUUUUUAAUUUGCAUAACUGUAUUGUCCAUUGGUUAUCUCAUUUUUAGUGCCUUGAUGUGGCAAGUACCCUAAUUGCCGAGUUUAGUGACGGUGUUUGUACAUGCUUCAAAACUAAUG